AUGGCUCUUGGUCUUGUCCGUCUGGGGAUGAUUCAAAUGCGUGUCGUCCUCGACAAAUCGAUGAAUUUGACCCGAGCAACCGAACUGAUCUCUUCCGCCUCAGUCGAUAAGUCUGGCCGGCGAACCCAACUUAUCUGCUUACCAGAAUGCUUCAACUCACCAUAUGGCGCCAAAUAUUUCGAUACUUAUGCGGAGCCGGUUCCGCACGGGCUUACCUGCAAGAAGAUAGCAGAGGCAGCAAGGAAGAAUAAAGUAUGGGUCCUUGCAGGCUCAAUUCCUGAGCGUGGAGAUGAUGGAAAGAUAUACAACACGUCUGUUACCUUCGAUUCUGAAGGAAAUUGUGUUGGCACUUUUCGAAAACUUCAUCUUUUCGACAUCGAUGUUCCAGGUAAGGAAAGCUCACUUAAAUUUAACUUACUGGUUGAUUUAAUACAUAUAAAUGCACACUUUAUUCUCUCUUAA